AUGGCAUAUUCACAACGUUCAACCCAAGCGCCGUUGACUGAGACAAUAUUCCCACAUCAGAACAACGGUCCUCGUACAAGUACUUGCCAGCACAAGGUGCCAGCGACCACGGAUCAUGGCCAGGCCUUACCGGAAUCUGAAAGAUUCUACCUUUCUCAGCAAAUUCGUGCAAUCAAGAUACAAGACUUUCUCGACAAGAGCAAAACCCCUCCGAGUGUUCUGCCCUUCAGUUCAGUGGCGACGUCAUCCUUCGAAAUCUGCCAAAUCUGCAAGCUUCAGGUCUUGAAUCAGGUCUAUUCCACUAUCGAGAUCGUGCGUAAUAAAAUCAGGGUUAUGGCUCUCCAUCGACAGCACGUUGACGAAGACGUGGCGUUUCGCUACAUGGUCAACGUACUUCAAUGCCUGUAUUUUGAGACGGAAUUUGAUGCUUGGCAAUUAGAUAUCGGGGAACUUGCAGGGGAUGGUUUGAAGAGGUAUUUGGAGGAUCGUCUUGUGGAGUUCCAGCACAUCUACAACUUUUGA